CGACCGAUAUUCGCGAUAGAAAAUAGAAAAGCAGCAAGAAAGCAAAGAAAAGAAGAAGAAGAAGACAGAAACAAACAAGAACGACAAACAGAACAGGAAGGAGGCAAACAGGUGAAUUUAUGGACCUGAAGUCGAUUAUCAACGACGAUUCCGCCCAGAAACCGGGUCAGCAGCAACCGCGACCGCAGCCCAUCAUCAACACCGUUCCUGAACCUGCUCAGCAGCAGCCUCCGAUUCCGCGCAGGACAUCGUCGAUCGCAGAUCUCGUCAAUAAAGACCCCGUUCCUGCUUCGCCCUCGCCGCUCGCGUCGCCCGUCCUCAACAACAACAUGCUCCGCUCGGCCGUCGCAUCCCAGCGGGCGUCCCCCAUCCUGCUCACCAGGUCUCUCGCCCCCGUCUCUGCGCUCUCCUCCGCGUCCUCGUCGCCUGCGCAAACACACGCGCCGCAGCCGCCACCGCUGCUCUCGGUCCGCAGCCGGAGUAUGAGCAUCUCGAGCAUAACGGAGGACACGCCGCCCGCGUCGGCGACGGCGAGGAAUUAUAGCACACAUAGUCCGGCCGGGAGCGCGUUCUCGAGCCCGGAUGUUCAGAGACGGGACUCGAAUCGCCAGAGUAAUUCGUCUGCUACUUCGUCGCCCGUGCUGCCGAAUAACGGCGUCGGCGAUAGUCACAACAGCAACAGCAACAAACACAACAACAACAACAACAACAGCAAGCACAACGGCAAAGCCACCGACAACACCCACAAAAACGGCGACCCCUCCCGCCGAAACAAGCCAAAGCGGUACAACUCGCCGCCGAUCUACGCGCGCAAAUGGCGGAGUGACUGGAAGACUGCGUAUGCGCAGCACGGCGGCGAGAGCAGCGGCAACUAUAACAGCAGCAGCACCAGCAUUGCGAAUAUGCCGUCGUUCCGCAGCGAGGCGAGCGCGAGCGCGUUGCCGGGGAAGUACUCGACGUUCACAAACGUGGAGCCGUAUGAGGAUCUGACGCGGCGGGUGACGUCGUGGGUGUAUGCGAACGUGUCGGAGAUGGCGGCGGAGGUGCAGGCGCAGAUUGAGAUCGAGGCGAAAGUAGGCACGAUUCUGUCAAAGGAGACGAACCAGCGACUAGUCCUCCCAGUCGACACGGAGACGCUGCUGAACACGGAUAUGCUGGCGGGCCAGAUCAUGUUUGAGAGCGACAUGGGCGCGCUGCAGCAUAAGGCCUACAACGCGUUCAUGAACGAGUGUCUGCGCAAGGCGGAGCAGACGCAGAACCCAAUCACGUACUCGCAUUCAAAGACGCGGGAUACGUUCUACUCGAUCCCGCAGGUCGGCUACUCGACGCGGUCGGCGCCCAAGAACGAGCGCCUGCGGAUCUCGACCGACGUCAAGACCGAGAAAGUUGUGCAGAAAUGCAUAAAGACGCGGGUGCGCGACCUGAUGAUCUUCUGCCCCGGGUCAAAGUUCGACGUGCGGAUCUCGCUCAACAUUGAAAAGCCAGAGAACAUGGAUCCUCUACCAGGCACGAAGCAGGCCAUCGAGCGCGUCAAGGACCGCGUGAGCUACGUGCACCUCAACAGUCGCAUCGACCUCACGCAGGUGGUCGCGCACAACAAGACCACGCACGAGCUCGAGAUCGAGCUCGAUAUGCCGGAUACGCUGAGCCAUAUCCGCAAGAUCAAGAGCGGGCAGGCCGACGAUAGCUAUGAGGAGGGGAUAAGGCGGUUUCUGGAUAACGUGCGGAUCUUGGUCCGGAGGGGAGGCUUGGAUUUGAAGGAGGUUACAUUGUAGUUGUUUUAUGUUUUCUUGCUUUACUGUUGUAAGAUACGAGUGUCUUUGAUGCUGUUAUCGAAGGGUGGCUGUAUAAUGUAGUAUAGGGUCUCUGCUAUAGCUAAUCAACUUUUCUU